AUGUCUGACGACCCAGCUACCACCUUCUUUCCCGACGCCGACGAGAUCCCCUCGCUGUACGACGUGCUGGGCGUCUCUGCUGAAGCGACAGACGACGAGAUCAAGAAGGCCUACCGCCGCCUGUCCCUUCUGAAUCACCCCGACAAGGUCGCAGCGACCGCCUCUUCUCCCGAAGACCUCGCCGCCGCAACCCUCAAGUUUCAGCAGAUUGGCUUCGCGUAUACGGUGCUCAAGGAUGCUGCGCGGAGGGAGAAGUAUGACAUGACGGGCAGCACGAUGGAGAGGAGGGCCGAGGGCGCAAAGACGGAGGCGGAAUGGAGGGACUACUUCAGGGAGUUGUGGACGGGCGAAGUGAGCGCGCAGACGAUGAACGACUUUGCGAAGAAGUACCAGGGAUCUGACGAAGAACGUCGCGACAUCCUCGAAGCCUACAAGAAUUCGUCCGGCGACAUCGAGUCCAUCCUCAAUUCGGUCAUGUGCGCGACAAUCGACGACGAAGACCGCUUCGUCAAGCUCAUUGACGACGCUAUCGCCGCGAAGGAGGUCAAGGCGACACCUGCGUGGAAGAAGUCGUCCAAGGAUACGCAGGGCAAGGAGAAGCGGAAAAAGAAGGCUGACAAGGAGGCAAAAGAGGCAGAGGAGCUUGCAAAGGAGCUCGGCGUCCACGACAAGCUGUACGGGAACGGCUCGUCUUCGUCGAAGGGAUGGAAGGGCAAGGGCAAGGGCAAGAAGGCGGACGCCGAGGACGACGAGGCUUCUCUGCGCGCGCUCAUCCAGGGCAACCAAGCGAAGCGCAUGAACUCGCUCAUCGACUCGCUCGAGGCCAAGUACGCCGCAGCAGAGGCGAAGAAGGGGAAGAAGCGCUCGUCGACUGGCGGCGAGGACGCCGCGAAGGGCGGAAAGAAGGCGAAGAAGGAGGCUGAGCCGACCGAAGAGGAGUUUGCCGCGAUCCAGGCGAAGAUGGACGCUCGUCGGAGCAGGAAGUAG